AUGGGGUUCCCGUUCCCUCUGCUUGUGCGGUACAUUAACCGCUGCGGCGCGCUGGCGUACUUGGGCCUGCAGUUGGGUGGAAUUUUAACUCUUUUCUGCGGCAUCUCGCUGAUUGUGGGAUGCACAGUGGCCAUCGCCCGCAUCGCCCUGCCGUUGCUGGCGACACCGGGGACUCCGUACUUUCUGCUUCUCUGGCUCACGUGUAGUGUGCUGUCGUUUGCUAUUUUGUUCAAUUACGUGGCUGCGGCGUCGUUUCGGGGCCCCGUUGUGGAUGCGGAUGAGACGCGGCGGCUGGCAGUUGAGGGAGAGUCGCUGCCGCUGCAGCAGCGCCGUCGCUUGUUGGAUGCACCUGCACGUCACUGUGGGAAGUGCCGCCGCUUCAAAGCCCCACGUGAGCACCACUGCCGAAUGUGCAACCGAUGCGUGACGAAGAUGGACCACCACUGCCCCUGGAUCAACAACUGCGUCGACGCCGAAAAUCACCGCUACUUUUUUCUGCUUCUCGUAUACUUGUUUGUGUCCACAGGCGUUGCCGUCCUCGUGCUCUCCGUUGCGUACGCGCGGAUACUUUGGCUUGAGGCGCCGUUAUUAGGCAUAUAUGGGCCUUGCAUCAAUCGCCUGCUAACUUUUCCCAUGUUUUUCACGUGGGUCUUGUGUGUCACAAUAUUUUUUUGCAUGUUUUUUUUCGUUGGCUGGACACUGUUUCACAUUCUGAGAAACGAAACGCAGAUUGAGCGGUUUGUUGUGGGGGAGAAGGAGCGGCAGUCGCGAAACACGAUGGUGCCGUUCCGCAACCCGUAUGACCUUGGCCGCUGGCGCAAUGUGUUGAUGCUCUUAGAGACGAGCGAUGAUCCGGUGCUCCCACGGGCCCGGAGCGGGGGCACCGUGGCGAAGGUGGCGCUGCUGCUGUGGCUUGCACUCCCAACGCUUCGCCCCUCUAGCUGCGACGGCGUCCACUACCCCGCAUUUGACGAGGAGCUGCUCUUGCCGGUGUAG